ACGUGUAUAUGGAGACCUAAAAAAGAGGGUAAGCGAGAAAAUAUCUCAAUAAAGCGUUUUGUCUCAUGGAUGAAGGCUAAACAUUUACGUGAGGUAAUAGAAUCUCAACAACUUGUAAAUAGAGGAUUCCCUUCUAAAGAAUAUCUUUUUAAAGCUCCUGAACCUGAAAAAGAAGGAUUGUAUGGACUAUUAUCUGAAUCUCUGGCAAAAGCCUUGGAUCGUAAAAAGAAAUCAAAGGAGAAGAAAUCAAAAGAUAUUAAGAGUUUAUUGCAAAACAAUGACUCUCCGAGUCUAGAUGAAGAUGAAAUAACAAAUAAAGAUGCCAUCACUCAUGCUAAAAAAAUAUGUUCUGGUAUUAGUGAAGUUGGUAUGACUAGGUCUUCAGGUAUCUCUACGAGAUAUAAUGAUUACCUUAAUGCAUUAGAUAAGAUUGUGGGUUCUACUCGUUCGAGAUUAUCAAAUUUACUUUCAAAAUUGUCUAAGCUUAAUGUGGAUUAUAAAAAUGCAAUAUACGAAUUAAUUGUGCAGACACAGAAAUACAAGCCUGAUAUUAUGAUUUUGGAAGAAUAUAUAUUUCGAUUUAAUCUGAAAUCAGAGUGUGAG